GAAAACAUUUGAGCCAGCCAAAAAAAAAAAAAAAUCGGUGUGAACGAACUGCUCUGAUAAUGGAUGCUGAUUCUGGCACCACACUGGACCUGGACCUGGGCGGCUCACCGCCCGCGGAGUCGGAGGGCGGUGCACACGAGAGCGUGCUGGAGACACCGCUGACGGCGAAGCCCGCAAAGCCAUAUCUGAAGAAGUUCAUAGAGCCGGACUCGGAUGAGGAGCAGUUGGGUGAUCUGCGGCAGCUGUACAAUGUGCACGAGUCCUGGCGCACGCUCCUGUCGCUGCCCAGCUGCCAGAAGGUUAUGGUCUCUGAGAACGUGCAGAAGAGCAUGCACAUUGAGGUGGGUGUGAAUGUCACGCAGGAGUUCCCCUGGAAGCAGGUGACAUACAAGGAUCUGCGGGACAUACUCUUCGAGGAGCUGGAGAAUGUCAUCGAUCUGAUGAAACAGUUCAAGGGCUUCCAUCCGGAUAACUACGUGCUCAUUGGCUUCUGUCCCAUACUCACCGAAUCGGAUGAAGAUCCGCCCGAGGGCGAUCCGUUCAUCUUCUUUUCCAGCCCCAAGGAUGCCAAAACGGCAAUGGGCAUCAUCCAGAACAUGGAGGCCUUCGAGCGUUGGCGCAUGCAGCGGCGCCUGCGCAAGAAGCCCCGUCGCUGGGUCAGUCAGGGCACCGAGAACGAGAUGACCAUCCUGGUGGAGCACUUCAAGGAUGAGCCCAUCGAUGUGGAGAUUCAGAGCGUGUAUCCCAUACAGGAGCCCAAGCAUUUGGCUUUCGACUAUCGUUUGGCUAGGGAUGUGCGCGAUGGUGUCAUCGAGCUGCUGCCCAAUGAGAAUGUCAAGUUUGAUAAUGUCACACGUCGAAGGAUAACAGUCGCUGUGCAGUCUGCUCCGGCGCUCAUACAUCGCGAGCAGCAAACGAAUCCUACUUUCCCCUCAAAUGCCUGGUCGCAGUAUCUCUACGAGAUUGAUGAAGGAGAUUUGGAGCUGGAUGACACCGAUGUGGAGGAGGAUGAGGCUGGCAAGCUGCCCAAGCCCACCAGCCCUGUGGGCGAUGAUCAGGAGGAGCUGCCCGUGAAGCCGCCACCCGAAAUGUCUGACCAAAUCAAGCUGCUGCUCAACACACUCGACUUUAAUCAGAUUGAUAGCUAUCGCGACGAUUACAUGCUCAUUGCCAACAAACAGGUCACCCAAUACACCAAUCAGUUCCUCCAGGAGUUCAUUUGCUUUGCCAACAUCUCGAAGAGCAACAAACGCUUUGUGGCCGGCUAUGACUGGUAUCCGCGGCUCUCGGGUUUGAUUGCCGUGUCCUACGCUUUCAGCACUCCGGCUACCAUCGAAUUGGCCACGAAUAAAGUGGAUUAUGUGGAGCAGGCUGUACUCCAGCCGAAUCCCGUGCUGCUCUGGAGCUUUGCCGAUAAUCUCAACUAUAAGCUGGAGUUUAAGUCGCCCAUCGAGACAACAGCGCUGUCAUUUUGUCCCUUUAAUUCGGAUCUGCUGCUGGGUGGCUGCAAGAAUGGGCAGAUAGUCAUCUGGGAUCUGCAGGGACGCUGCGAGCGGCUGGACGAGGAGGAGUACCUCACAGCUGCCCAAGCCAAAUAUCGCACCAUGAUUGGGGAAUUUCUCAGUUGGACCCUCGACCUGAAUGAGGAUGUGGAGAUUGCACCAGCGACCAUGUCACCGCUGGAGAACUCACCCAAGGGCGCCAUCACGGGCAUCUAUUGGCUGGGCAAACAAUUCUAUUUGAAUCAAUUUGGCAAGGUGCACAUCGAUCCGGAUACACGCAACCAGCACAAGUUCUUUAUAACCUGCGCCUUUGAUGGGACUGUCAGCUUCUGGAAUCUGGAGGCCAGCUCCAAGCGGGAAAAGGAUAAAAUGCGCAACCGCAUGCUGCCCAAGGAGCUGACACAAAGCGAAUCAGCGCUCAAGGGGCAGGUGCUGAAGCCCACCUACAAUCUGUACUUCAAUGAGCCACUCACGGGCAUCAUAGCGGACACCUCGGUGUUUUCCAUACGCACGCCAACGCCCAAGUUGAUCAUGGAGAACCCUGCCAACUAUCCCACAACGCUGGUGUCCAAGGAUCCGCCCACGCUGCGGCAGUCCAUGAUUCUGUCCACCUUCUAUGGACACAUCCAUCGUGUGGAGUGGCUGGGCAUGUACUCGGAAGCUGAUCCCAAGGAGAUUGUCAACAGUUCGGUGCAGUUUGCGAUGGUGCACGAUGGCCCGGUGGUUUGUAUGCAAAAUCCCUUCUACCCGGAGCUGUUCGUCUCGAUUGGGCGCACGGUGAUGGCGCUGUGGAAGGAGGAUUAUCCCUAUUCGGCUAUAUUCUGGCGGAAGCGACCCUGCGAUCUCACGGCUGUGUCCUGGAGCGAAACGCGUCCCGCUGUGCUGUACAUAACCCGCAUCGAUGGGAUACUGGAGGUGUGGGAUAUAUUGGCUCGCGACGAUGAUGCCUGUUUGCUUGAGAUCCUCGGCGGUGGCAUUAUCACUGGCAUCACCGAGCAUCGACCCUCGUUACCCUACAAGAUCCUCGGCAUUGGGGACUACAACAGCAGCAUUCGCAUGGUGAAGCUGCCACACAGCUACGAUGUGCCCCUGGACAAUGAGCUGCAGAAGCUGAUGGAUUACGUGCUGAAGGCGGAGCGUCGCAAGAUUGACAUACAGGCAUGGGAGCAAAAGUACAACGAACUCAACAAGGACAUUAUCGAGGCUCAACAAGAGGCCGAGGAGGAUGUACGCAAGGAGAUGGAGCGCAUUGAGCGCGAGGAGCAGCUGAACAGUCGCAAGAAGCCAGCGGAUGGUGAAGAGGAGAAAACUGGCAGCAGCAAACCCACUGCCGGACUGGCCUACAACGAGCGCAUGGCUGCGCGCUGGGACGAGCUGAAUCUCAAUCGGAUGAUGACCAUCCUCAUGUCGCGCAAGCAAAUGGAUCCCGAGAAGCUGGCACGCGAGACGGCGCUGCAGAAGGAGCAACUGAGCUACGAGGCAGCCAAAAAGGAGUCCCACGCGAAGCUGCUGUCCACGCUGGACAACGAAAUCAACACCAUCCGCUCGCGCAUCCUGCCCGCCGAGGUGCACGACAGGCAGCGCAGCGAAAUGAUUGAGGAGCGCGUCAAGCGCGAAUUGGCAAUGGCCGAGCCGUAUGAGAAGGUGGCCGCGGAUGCCUUUGAGAAAUUGAAACAAUUCAACGAAUUCAAGCCCAUUGAUUACAUAGAGUUCCUGGAGCGUGGCCGCAAACGUCGCCAGCUGCUGGAUCAGUCGCUGGGCGGCAACACGGAUCGACUGCUGUGGUACCAGGAGAAGGUCAAGAAUAUGGAAUUAUACGAGUGCAACUUUGGCUAUGAGUUUCUGUACAGCGUGCGCCCGGAAUCGGGACGUCCGAGUGAUGCACCCACAAUGCCAGACACAACACAGUCCAAUACGGACACACAAACGAAGAGUAACAGAUCGGAGGAGGCUUAG